GUUGUUUUCGUUUAGUUGAGUGAAAUAAAACUUUGCUAAGAAAUUCGGAACGGAACGGGAAUUUUUAAAAAAAAAAGAUUUUUUCUUAGUAUUAUUCUGUACUUCUUUUAAAAGGUUAUGAAUUAUUUAAAAAUGGUAGACUCAUGAAAGUUUAAAGAAAUAUGCACAUUUUUUCUGGAGUGAUUUUCUCAAUAGUGGAAGAAAUAUCCAGCGAAUGUUUUUAGAUCCAUGGUUCACUAGCUUGUAUAUUCGAAUCAAGCAAUAUUUUAAAGAUUUAAUCAUUACUGGAAUAUAAUCCAUAACACUAACCAAAGAAAAUUGCAUUAAUGCCUAAAAGUCUUAAGAUGUGUGAAAGAUGUUGCCAAUUUUGCUGGAGCAAGCAUUUCUAUAAACAGUAUCUUGAACAGCAUUCUGCAAUGAUGCAAUGGAUUCAUCAGGGUGUUCAGCCAUAUCAAGGGUAUUUGCCAAAUCAAGGGUAUUUGCCAAAUCAAGGGUAUUUGCCAAAUCAAGGAUAUUUGCCAAAUCCUGCUGUGCCUCAUCAUUCAUUUAUGAACAGUGAAACAAAUCAAUUGCAUCAAGAACCAUUACAAAAUAUUGAUUGCAAUGAAUUAAUUCCGAGUAAUCAAAAGAAAAGAACUGGACAGUUUUCUUCCAGCUCAAGUGUAUCUUCAUCAGAAGAAAGUGAUGUAAGUAGAGAUGAUAUUAUUGGUUCAGAUGAUGAGAUUUGCUUUGAUCCAGGAUGUUUUUUGGCACUAAGAAAUAAUAAAGAGUCAUUAUCAGAGAAGAGUGAUAAUGAUGAAGACAAUGAAGAAGAGGAUUUUGAAAUGAUAGAUACAGUUGUUGAGGAAUUUGAAUAUGUUCAAUUGGAUAGAUUUGGAAACAUGUCAGAGAGUCGAAAAGGCAGGAAAGGCCGUCCCCGAGCUGAGGAAGAUAUGAAGCUGGAAAAAGAAAUGAGGGAAUAUCUUUAUGGUGAGAAAGCCGAUACAAUAGCUGGCUUGGAAACUGCUAUGAGUCUUGAUUUCAACAGACUUUGUGAUUUACAUCAACCUCAUCUGUGGCCUGUUUUACCUGUUCGUCUUUCUAAAGCUUAGUUGUUGUAGUUUUUCUGCUAUUUUAACUUCUGUUCAUUUAAAGUUACAUUAAAAGAAAACUUUUAAUCCUUCAUCUCAUUCUUAUUAUCAAUUAGUUAAUUGCUGAAUAUUUUCAUGAUAAAUGUUUGCCUCAACCUUUUUGUUUUCAAGCUAAAAUGUUUCUAUCUUUAUAAUAAAUUUAUUAAAGAAUUACAUUGCUAUGAUUGCUUUUAUUUUUUUACUCUCAUCUUUUUAAUUUUACACUUAGUUCAUUUUAGCCUGUUAACUUGUUUCUUCUUCUUAUUAUUAUUAUGAGUCCAUUAUCUGUUUCUUAUCUCAGUUUUUAUUGUUGUCUCCAAAAAAAGUUAAAGCCAAAUGUUAUACAGAGUUUAGAAGGACACUACUACACAUUUUUGUGCGUUAUUAUAGAUUAUUUGAAACUUCAUGUGCUCUUAAGUUCUUCAUAGUUUAUUUUCAGGACUAACUUGUAUUAAGGAAGAACUUAUAUUAAGGAAGAACUUAUAUUAAGAAUGAAUGUAUAUCAACUCUUAAAUGGGAUAUUUUAUAGCUUGACUUUAAAAUAUUAUUAAAAAACUUUCAAUUGUCAGAAUUUUUCAAACUUAUUUAAUUAAAAAAAUGUUUAAAAUGCUCAUUUAAUGCUGAGAAAAAGGCUGAUUUGUCACAAGCUUUUCAAUACUUGCUUUUUGGCUCAAUUUGGUUUUAUAGGAUUUUUAUUAAUAAAAAUUAAGUAAAAGUUUUACAGCAAGAUCAAACAAACAAAUCAAACUUCAAACAAAUGUUUUCCUCCAUAAUUUUAACUUCCUUUGUUCUAUAAUUGUUACAGCAGCUUGAUAAAAUAAAUUCCCUUUCUUCAUUUUUCGAAAACAAAAUAAUUUAAAUUUAUAUCUUGUUGAAAUAAAAAUUUGUAUCAACAUAAAAAUAAAAACCAAAUUUUUGCAGGUUAUAAGAAAUUAAGAUUUCUACCAAGUUUUACAUGUAGUUAAAUUUUGUCGUAGUUAACAAAGUGUAUAAAUUAAUUUUCAUUUAUCUUUUUCAACUUUUAUGACUUAAUAAAUAUUUAGAAAUUAUAUGACUUAAUGACUGCCUCGGUUAUAAACUGCAGUAGUUUAUCUGCAUGCAAUUGUUACCUUGUACUUUAAAUUUUUAUGUAUAUUCAUUAAAGGAUCUUACUGUUGGAAUAAAAGGUUGGAAAUAUUUUU